GCGGAAGUGCUAGGGCAGAAUUAGAGAGUGCUGCUGUUGGUGUGUUUUUCUCGGUGGAGAGUGACUUUCCUGUGUGACACACAGCUCAGCAAAGCAGCCACUCUAACAGAGAAAGUUCAGCUCGCAAUGGCUGCUCUCAAAUACGCAGGAAUGGAUGACACGGACAGCGAGGACGAGCUCCCACCCGGCUGGGAGGAGAGAUCCACGAAGGAUGGCUGGGUUUACUACGCCAACCACGAAGAGAUGAAAACGCAAUGGGAGCAUCCUAAAACUGGGAAGAAGAAGCGCUGUGCAGGAGAUCUGCCAUAUGGGUGGGAGCAGGAGAUGGAUGACAAGGGGCAAAUCUUUUACGUUGAUCACAUUAAUAAGAGAAAGACAUACUUUGACCCUCGCCAAGCCUUCACCAUAGAGGAUAUACAAGUGAAGCCCAAGCGCUAUGAUGGAAACACUGCAGCCCUGGAGAUCCUACAGGGUCAUGACCUCUCCAACAAGGUCAUAGUCAUCACAGGGGGCAAUUCUGGUAUUGGUUUUGAGACAGCACGCUCCUUUGCUCUUCAUGGUGCCCAUGUGAUAAUAGCCUGCCGGAACAAAACUCGCAGCAGUAAAGCAGUUAGUCUGAUUCUAGAGGAGUGGCACAAAGCUCGCGUUGAGGCCAUGACACUGGACCUGGCCUCACUGAGAAGUGUUCGAGAGUUUGCAGAAGGCUUCAAAGCAAGGAAACUGCCCCUGCACAUCCUGGUGUGUAAUGCAGCAGUGUGUACGCAGCCAUGGCAUUUGACGGAGGACGGGCUGGAAUCCACCUUCCAAAUAUGCCACCUUGGCCAUUUCUACCUGGUGCAGCUGCUGCAGGACGUGCUGCGGCGGUCAGCUCCUGCACGUGUCGUGGUAGUGUCCUCUGAAUCCCACAGGUUUACUGACCUGGUUGACUCGUGUGGUAAAGUGGACUUGGCACUGCUCUCGCCACCCCAGAAGGAGUACUGGUCUAUGCUGGCCUACAAUCGGGCCAAACUUUGCAACAUCCUUUUUUCCAAUGAGCUACACCACCGCCUUUCACCUCACGGGGUCAUAUCCAAUGCAGUGCAUCCGGGGAACAUGAUGUAUACAUCCAUCCAUCGCAGCUGGUGGCUCAUGACUUUCCUCUUCACCCUGGCACGUCCAUUCACCAAGUCCAUGCAACAGGGUGCAGCCACCACCGUGUACUGCGCUGUGGCUCCGGAGCUGGAGGGGCUGGGAGGGAUGUACUUCAACAACUGCUUUCGCUGUCUUCCAUCUUCACAGGCUCAGGACCUCUCUACUGCCCUUAGCCUGUGGGAGCUGAGUGAGAGGCUGAUCCAGGAGAGAUCCACCAACCCUCAGCCAGUGUGACCUAAUGACCUCAAUGACUGUGUGACCCCCGACACCAAGACCAUCACUUGUGGGUCACCUGCACAAACGUCACCGUGUUCCAUCGGCAAGAACUGGGGGGAAGUGAUGUAUUUAAAAGAAGAGAGAGAAGAGACUGCAUGAGACUGUACAUAAAAAGCUGCCAUAUCCAGCCACAUGGAGGACCCCACUACUGUUUUCUACUCUGUACCACUGUCACUGUCUGCCACAGCAAAGGCUGUAGAUCAAAAUGGUAGACAGUGUUCCUCUAUGUAAUUUCCAGGCCACGUUGGUUUCCUCACGUAUUGUCCACUGAAGCUAGGUCUAAGAACACUGUGCACUGUUCUCUAAACAACUAACGCCAAGGCUUUUGGCCAGGGGCUCUAAGUUAACAAAUUCAAUCUGAAAAAUAGAGUGUGAUCUUAAGGGUGGAUUCUCCACAACACACUUAAUCUACACAAAUAUUAAUCUAAACUGUUGGGACUUAUAAUACUUAACAUUAUCCAUCCAUUUGUAUAGACUGGUGUGAAUGAGUAAAUGUGUUCAAUAAAGGUACAAAGAAGUAGUGGAGGAAGUGAGCGUGAGAGAGAGGUUUUCUAUUUACAGAUACGACCAUUGAAAAUCCCUAAGAUUCAUCCUGUAUAGAUAUGCUGUACAUGAUAUACAUAGCGUGCUGUCCUAAUGCGCUUUUGUUUCUGAGUAUUAGUAGAAUUCAUAACCCCAUCUGCCAAGAGACUCCAGAUCCAAACUAUAUUGAACUUUUACAAAAUGCUAUGCUAAUGCUAAUUACAAUGAAGCAGCAUCUCUGAGGAGAACAGGAGGGCCAGUGCUGGCUGAGGGAAAGAGUCUUGCAGUCUUAAGAAAUUUCAGGUGGAAUUUUCCUUUUGAACUCCUUUUUUUACUGUCCUCUUUCGUUAAUGUGUUGGUUUCAUUUCCCCUGUAGAAGGUGGUCUUUAUUUGUUUUAUUUUGCUGAGGGCACUAUUUGUAGAUUUGUUCGUGUCAGGAGGUGGAAUAUCAACAGGAGAGAGGAUAAUGAAGACUGAAGAAUGGCACCAGGAUUGAUCUUUUUUCCCCCUCUCCGUUUUUCUCGGUUUUUCUGUCUUGUUCUUCUUUCUAAGGGCUUUGACUUUGGAGAGGUUGUGCUUUGUGGCGGUCUUGGUGCCAUGGGUCAAUCUAAGCCAUAAGCAUUCCUUUGUAACAGGACCUGGAAAGAGGAGAGGGAGAGAGAAAUAGUAUGAAAUAAGACAGGAACGAAAAGAGAAAAAUAAAGAUUGAUUGAAGUUUGAAUCAGAA